ACCUGGAUAGUCAAAGAGCUCUUACAGUGUCAAGUGCUACCUUCCAUUUCUCUUCGUGUUUGACCUCAGUGAGAAGCGGCAGGUGGCUCCCCCUAGUGUUAGGGGCCUGGAGGCAUUGGGAGCUCUAACCCUAAAAGUAUUCUAGCAAACUCGGGUGGCGGUGUUGUACACCUUUAAUCCCAGCACUCGGGAGGCAGAGGCAGGAGGAUCUCUGUGAGUUUGAGGCCAGAGCUACAGGUCUACAGAGCGAGACCCAGGACAGAUAUCAAAACUACACAGAGAAACCCUGUCUCGGGAGGGAAAAAAAGUAUUCUAGCUCUUGUGUAGGAUUCCUAGCCCUCGACAGCUUUACAGUUUUUAAUGACAGCAGUGUUAUAAUUCUUGGCCUAGGUUUGAGACCUCUUGGCUCUUUGGAACUCUUCUGGCAUCCAGGGCUGCAGCUCCUCUCGUCUGGGUUUUGAUGCCUCAGCUGCUGCUCCUCGGCUGUCACAAGCUGGCUGCCCUGUCCCUUUUGCAGUUUGGUCACUGCCGCUGCCUCCCUGCUGCUUCUUUCUUCUGGAUACCAGCUCAGCCCACAUUCCUGACAGCAGGACAGCAGUCUCAAGGGAAGACUUUAGCUGAACCUAAAGCUACCACAGAAAGGGAGGCAGCACAGGAUAGUCUCUCCGAAGGGGAACCUGAGCAGCGGCUUUCAAAGCCUAAAAGGGGCGCUUCCUCCAAGCUCAGCCUUGGCACCAGCCUCAGCAGUUCCUCCGCUAGGCCACCAGGGGGCGGAUUCCCCUUCUCAACGUGGUGGAAAUGGUCGCAAGGUCGCCUAGAGUUCAUCCAGGCUUGUGGUAGGAGCCUGGUACAAACUGUUUCAAAAAGCCCUGCGGCUGUGCCUUCCCCAGCUGAAGCAAUCAGCGACCUUAGCAAUAGCUGAAGUAAUACCUUGCCCGGUAUAGUCAGUGAGUGCUGGCAGAAGGGCGUCCGCUGGCUGUUGACUGACAAUCCUUUUGCUCAAGGCAUCCAGGACAACCAAGGGAAGCCCAGCAGCUGCUAACUAAGGGGUCCAGUGGCCUCAGCACCCCAAUAUCUUUGCUUACUUACAGGAAAUGAACACCAGAGUGCUUACAAUUCAAAGAAAUGUGGCCGGGCGGUGGAAGCGCGCACCUUUAGUCCCAGCACUUGGGAGGCAGAGGCAGGUGAAUCUCUGUGAGUUCAAGGCCAGCCUGGUCUACAGAGUGAGUUCCAGGACUGCACAGAGAAACCCUGUCUCAAAAAAACAAGCAAGAAAGAAAGGAAGGAAGGAAGGAAGGAAGGAAGGAAGGAAGGAAGGAAGGAAGGAAGGAAGGAAGGUGAACAGUGCUUAUCCCAGUGCCCCGGGGAGAGAUGGGUGUCAGGAGGAUCCAAUCUUUACUUCAAAGGUAAAGGUGCUGGCUGCCAAGUCUGACAACCUGAGUUCAACCUCCAGGAUUCACAAGGUGGAAGGAGAGAACUGAGUCCUGAAAGUGGUCCUCAAACCUUCACAAAUACUCCAUAGCGCUUUUACACACACACACACACACACACACACACAAAUAAAUAAAUGCAAUAUUAAUUUUUUUUAAAAAGGCCGGUCCUGAGAGCUGGGGAGGUGGUUUACUAGGCAAAGUGCUUGAGAUACUAACAUGAGGAUCUGAGUUCAAACUGCCAGCACCCAUAUAAAAGCCAAGUGAGAGAUGUGUGUCUGUGUUGCCGAGAUUCCUCCCUGCAGGAGAUUCAGACAACAUCUACCCCCUCCUUUACAGUGCCAAUGAUAAACUGAGGUACAGUUCCACCGAAGUUCACUCUGGGGAACCAAUGAGUUUAUUAGGCUUCCUUACAGAGCAGUUGGGGAGGGAUGACAGGCAGGAGCACAGAUGCCCUUAAAGCCAUACUGGAAGGUUGGCAUGGAUGAUGACUCCCCAUGACUGCGUACACAGAGCCCCUCCUAACCAUUUCCUAGCUAUAUAUUCUACCCCUCGUCUUCGAUCCCACAUGCUAUGGUUGCCCCUCCUCUGUGAGGUGAGGUAGCACCAACAGUCAUUAAGCCCAGCCAUGAAAGCAGGCCCAGGUUGAUGGUCACAGAGUGACUUGGAGGAUAGUCUGUACAGCUAUCUGUAACCCCGGCAUUGGGGCAGGGGCAUAGGUAAAGAGGUGGAUGGGGGAACUUGCUGGCCAGAUCAAUAAAUUCAAAGUUCAGUGAGAGACUCUAUUUCAAAAAAAUAAUAAUAAUAAUAAGAUGGAGAUCCGUAGAGGAAGGCAUGUGACUUAAAUGUUCGGUCUCUACACAUGUACGUGUGAGUAAAUACACACACAAAAUAAAUACAUAAAGAAAUAAUCAAAGUCAACACUGGGGUCAGUCCAGAGAACAGGGAGUAAGGAGCCACCAUCAACACAGUUGUGCGGGCCCAUGUAGGACAAUGUGGGAGUCAGAGAGGCUGGAGGCUGGUAUCUCCAGAUAGAGCCAAGGCUUGAGGGUGGGGUGUGACAACCCCAGUGUGAGACCUUUCUGUGACUCCAUCACUGAACCCCAACUUCAUUGUUCCUUUAUCCAUCCAUCUUCCUGAAGCUCGCCAUCCAGGAACUUCGCAGUAAAGGCAGGGUGGGGGAGGAUGCCUCUCCCAAGCCUCUGCAUAUCUGAAAAUGUCUUUACUCUUUGCUCCUGCUCUAAUUGCAUGAGCUAGAUGUACUAUUUUAUCUUUUUAUGGUUGUUUUAGUCAUUUUUGUGGUGCCAGGGAUCACAUCUUAGCCCAGCAUAAAUAUUAAGAGAGUCAGCGGUCCCCUGGGAAGUGUCUCGGUCACCUCCACAGUUUUUCUCCCUAGAAGCUUUUGUGAUUUUUUUUUCUCCACCUGUGGUGUUCUGACACAUGACAUCAGUGGCCCACCCUCUGGUAUGGCAGCCUGGUUCACGUCAACUUGAAAUGCUGGGUACUUUUGUAGGGGACACCUUCCCAAGUUAUUUUAUUGCUACAAACUAGGAUUCUUCGAACAACAGAACAUUAUCUUCUCUCGGCUCUGGAGGCUAAAAGUCUAAAACCAAGGUGACAUGCUACCUCAGAAGGAUGCUGGGAAGGCCUUUGUCUCCUCUGGCUUCUAGGGCUCCAGGUGUACCCCACCACAGCAGCUCUGGUCCCAUCUCUGCCACCAUCUUCACUGGGUCUUCUCCGUGAUGUCCUCUCCUCUCUGUCUCUAUCAGGACACUGGCUGUUGAGUGCAGGGCUAUCACAGGGUAACCCCGCCUUAAGAUAUGCCUAGCAGGCCGGGCAGUGGUAGCGCACGCCUUUAAUCCCAGCACUCAGGAGGCAGAGGCAGGUGGAUAUCUGUGAGUUCAAGGCCAGCCUGGGCUACAGAGUGAGUUCCAGGACAGGCUCAAAAGCUACAAAGAGAAACCCUGUCUCGAAAAACCAAAGGAAAAAAAAAAAAGGUAUGCCUAGCCAUUUUUCCCCAUAAGACUAUAUGGGCAUCAUUAAUCCCCCUGCACAGCCUGUAACCAAAAGCCAGUCAGGAAAAAUCAGGUAUGUUUACUUGAUUUCAACAUUACAUAAUAUAUUUAUUGAAACGCCACAUUCAUUCAAAAUAUGUGCAAUUUGUGCUCUGUGUGUGUGUGUGUGUGUGUGUGUGUGUGUGUGUGUGUGUGUGUGUGAUCACAUACCUGUAGUCCUAGCUGAGGCUGUAGUGGAUCUCUUAACCCAGGAGUUCAAGACCAGCAUGAACUACACAUCAAGACCCUUUCCCUGGAAAGAAAAACAAUAGCUAAUUUUAAGUUAUCCCAUUCUAGAAGAAAAACCUAAGUUAAAGUCAAACUUGGUCACAUUACCAAGAGGGAUUUCUUUUCCAAGGGAAUGAGAAGGGAACUCACAGGACCUGGCUGUGUGUGGCCGGGAUGCUGGGCACCAGAGCAGACCUGGCCUUGAGAGCUUCCUGGUCACACUCAACCCCUGUCCUGCUGUGACUUCUUGGUGGAAACUCUAGUGUAGGUGCUCCUGUUAGAGCCAUUAUCAGCCUGUCUGCCCCAAACACAUCCACCAGAACAGCUUCCCAAAGAAACUGUUUGUGCCUGUUUGAAGCUUGUUUCCCUGGGAACCUUGGGUUCUCAGAGCCCAUUGGAUUGGAGACGGAUGCCUUUCAUUAAGAUGGCAGGAAGAACCUGACACUCAGCCAGGACAGAAAGAGGAAAACCAUUCAAGUGGUGAGCUGUCUGAGACAGACUCAAGGAUCAACCUCAGCUCCUGUGUCUGUGUCUCCCGGCAUGGGCUGCUUGAAGGAGAAGACCCUGUCUUUUCUCCUCAUUUUUGUGUCCAUAUCUGCAUGUGGGACUCUGUUGCAGGAAGCUGACCCAGCUAGGCAAAGAAAACCAUUUUUUGAGAGGCUUCGUCGACUAGAAGAGCAGUUUCAGAGAUUCCAACAGGUGACCUUAACACACCUGCAGGACAUUGCCAACAACUAUAACGUGCACUACAAUGUGGAUGCCCGCUUCCAGAGUCUGGUGGAAGAGAGCCAGGCCAUAGCUCUAGCAGUGAACCAGUCUCAAGCCGCCAUACAAGAGGAUGUGGCCCACCUAAAAGCUUGGUUUAGGAAGAGCCAGCGCAGGAGCCGGAAGGUGGAUGCCAAGCUUCAAGCUUUGAACCUCACCCUAAGCACAAAGAGCAGGAAGUGGGUGGAGGAGGAAAAGGAGCAAAAGGCACAGAGGGAGGCAACUGCAAGCCUGGCCCUGAGCAUUCGGGCCCUGCAGGAUGCAUUGGCAAGCCUAACACAGCAAGUCCACAGCCAGGAUGCCAGGCUUGCUGCUCUGGAGGGGCAGAUGCAGAGGGCCUCCCCUGGUACUGAGGCUCUGGAGCUGACUACAGCCCCCACCCCCACUCAGCUUGCUCAGAGAGGCCCAGGCUCCUUGCAACUGUGGAGAAACAGCCAGACACCCAGGCCUUUACUCCAGCACAGGAGUUCCCCCCAAGACUUCGCUGUCCAUGUCCAGAAGACACAGAAGUUCCAAGCCCCAAGCAGCCAUCAAGCAGCCCUACCAAGGACCCACCAAGGACCAGAAAGAAUUUGCAGCUCGGGACCGGUGCUAACGUUUCCCAACGCCUCCACUGAAAACGUGGUCUUUCUGAGCCCCGGCUUCCUCGUGCCCCUACGAGCUCUGUCCUUCUGCAGUUGGGUCCGUGUGGCCUCCAGCCACCUGGGCACCCUCCUUUCCUAUGCCACCAGAGACAAUGACAACAAGCUAGUACUGCAUGGCCGAGACUCCCUGGUCCCCGGCUCCAUCCACUUUGUGAUGGGUGACCCGGUCUUCAGGGAACUGUCCCUGCAACCGCUCCUGGAUGGUCAGUGGCACCACAUUUGUAUCAUCUGGACAUCCACGGAGGGCAAGUACUGGCUCCACAUAGACCGAAGGAUAGUAGCCACCGGCUCCCACUUCAGAGAGGGCUAUGAGAUCCCUCCUGGAGGGUCCCUCGUGUUGGGCCAGGAACAAGACACUGUGGGGGGUGAGUUUGACAGCUCUGAGGCCUUUGUAGGGAGCAUAUCUGGCUUGGCCAUCUGGGACCGGGCACUGGUCCCUAGAGAAGUUGCAAAUCUUGCCACUGGGAAAGAGCUCCCGGCAGGUGCCAUUCUGACGCUGGCCAAUGCCACGUCGGUGGGUGGAUUCGUGCAGAGGGCCAAGUGUACCUGCCUGGAGCAGUGUCCAUAGGCUGCCACACACGGCCUGCAUCACAGUCAAUGCCAGCAAGAAGAGGCCAACACAUUCCAAACCACUCCCCUGCCAUCACUGCAGGGCUGGGCACCUGUGCUCUGAGGUAGGCACCCCCUGUCUGGAGGAUGGGAGUAGAUGGAAAAUGUGUAAUGGAGAAAGAGGGGGCCCCAGACUGCAACUUACUAUAGUGGAAUUCUUUUGUUUGGUUGUGGUUUUGUGGUUUUGUUUGUUUACUGUUUUCUGAGACACGGUCUCACUCUGUGGUCUUUAUUGGCCUAGAACUUAUUCUGCAUCCCAGGCUGGCCUCAAACUCAUAGCAGUCUGCCUGCAGAGUGCCAGAUGUGAGUCACCAAUCCCCCUUCCUUCUUUCCUCCCUUCCUUCCUUCCCUCCCUCCCUUCCUUCCCUCCCCCCUUCCUCCCUUCCCCCCUUCCUCCCUUCCCCCCUUCCUCCCUUCCUUUUGUUUGACAGUUUCUCACUAUAUAGUCUAGAUAUAGUCUUACUAUAUAGCUUGAAUUCAUGAUCCUCCAGCCUCUUGAGUGCUGAGACACCUGGCUUUCACGGUGACAUUUUUACAGGCUGCACCUUCGAGGUCAUUGUCAGUUCAUUUGUAGUAUGCUGUACUAUCACCCCAGCUGAGCUGGAGGACAGAACACUGGGCUUUGGGGCCUUCCUUCUAACUCACCUUUGUAUGCAUGAAAGGCUGUCAGACAGAUGAGAGGCCAGUUCCUGGGGACCCUCUUGAAACUACACAGGAAGUUCUUAAAGACUCACUGAAGCUUUCCUGCAGACAUGGAUGUUCCAACAUCCCUCUCCUGAAAAAGGCUUAACAUUCUGUUCUCUCUGCCCCUUUCCAGGCACCCUGGGCAUUCGCUGUAGGUCAGCUGGUCGUUUCUUGUUCUGUUUCCCUGUGAUAGCUGUUGCAGCUUUCAGAACUACCAUUAAAGACACACUAGUAAUGCUUUAAAACAUAAUUUCUGAGGCAUAAUUUUCAUAUAAUAAUAUGUACCUUUUUGUUGCUGUUUGUUUUUUGUUUUUCGAGACAGGGUUUUUCUAUGUAACAAUCCUGGCUGCCCUGGAUCCCACUUUGAAGACCAGGCUGGCCUUGAAUUCACAUACAUCCACCUGCCUCUGCCUCCUGAGUGCUGGGAUCAAAGGUGUGCGCCACCAGUGUCCGGCUAAUAUAUGCCCUCUUAAAAAAUUUUUAAAGGUUUUAAUAAAAGUGCUGAGUUGUGCAACCAUCACAAUCUA